CGAUAGUAUUACGAUUUGGAUUUGUUCGCAGUGGUGCUCGUUCGGGUUAUCACCUGAUAUUAAUUUACACCUAUUAUUAAUCAUUGUUGUUAGUGCCGCAACUUUCCCCAAAAACGUAGUCGUUAAGAAAAAGUGAUUGUGGUUAGGUUUACAUUUAAGCGAGAUAAUCAAAGAUGGCAGAAGUAGGCUUCCCCGGGCAGCACACGACGACGACGACCGUCACGUCCAGCACAGCCGUCCAGACCAACAUACGGUUCGACCCUGCCUAUGUCAAGACUGUACCUGGAAUAUUGAAAAUUACUCAAGUUCUAUGCAGUCUCCUAGGCUUCAUCUGCAUUCAAUGCUCAUGGUUGAGCAAUCGAGGCAAGGGUUCCUUCUUCAGCUGGAUCUCCAUGAUAGCCUUCUGGUUCACCGGCAUCUUGCUCGGCCUCUACCUGUUCCACAUCUUGGAGAAGUUCUACAAGAUACCCUGGCUGAAGAUUGAGUUUAUCUUCUGUGCGCUGUGGACCUUCUUCUAUUUGCUGGCGUCCAUUUUGGCGGCGACCGUCCAUGAUAACCCUCAUUCUGCUGCUGCGUUCUUCGGCUUCGUAGCAAUGAUCGCGUACCUAAUAGACGCGUACCUCAAGUUCGUGGCGGUCCGCGCCGGCGGCCUCGCGCAGGGCACCCGCGUCGUCUCCAAGCAGACUACCUCCACAGUCGAGUCGCCACCGCCUCGCGUCGGGUACUAGGUAAGCCUUACCUCAUACCCGAUACCUAGUACUGGUAAGGUAUGUAGGAGGUACCUAGGGACAUGGUAGGGGAACUAGUCCUAAUGUUACAUGCUGGAUAAAUGGAAUUUAAAUCAGACUUUAUGUGAAUUUUAUAAUUUGAUAAGAUAGGGUUGGCCAAACAGUUGAUUAAAGUGGUUGCAAUCAAUCCAUUGGAGAUAUAUUUUAUUCUCUUAUUUAGCCCGAUCUAAUGGGUGAUCAGGUUGGCCACCCUUAUCAAAGAGUAAUAUUUUGUCUAUUUGUGAAAUCGCUUAGUGUAAAGUAAAUUGCUCACACAAUCUAAGGAGUCCCCCAAUCACGCCUGUGAAAAGUUUUAACGUCAAAAAGACAUUGGCACUGUAAAUUGCACUAAUGUUGCUCGCUUAGUGAUAGGAAUACGAAUUGUUAUAUUUAAAUAUAUUUGAGAGAAUUAAUCUUAAUGUUUAACUGUUUGUGUGUUGCCAGUAUUAAAAAAUAAAUUGAGUACACGGUUAAAAGUUACAAUUUGUGUGUUCUACUCAAAUCACUAAGGUGACAAUUCAAGCUCAAUAAUUUGCUCUUCUGGUCUACACGUUAGCUGUUUAAGUUAAAUAUUAAUUAAUAAGAUUAACCUCGAACAAAAUCAUGUACUUAACAAAUGUUUUUAGUAAGUUUUUUACAUUAACUGCCGCCAUUGUUAAUCAUCGAACUAAUUUAAUUAUAUAUUUUGUUUUAUUCUGCAGUAUUCAGAGUUUAUAUCGACACUUAUAUACUAACUUAUUUAUUGAUCCUCAUGUGCUAUCAUGACCCCAUUUAAUUGUUUUAAUAUUUAGUUAUGGCAACAAAAUGGGGGUGUAUAACGGUUUAACCAAAGAAUAAUGUACCUACAGGGUGUGAUGGCUCAAAAGUUGAUCUGAUUGGAAAGUAAUCAUGACAGUUCACAAAAUAUAUUCUUGUAUUUUAGAAAUUGACUGACAAGUCAUUAUUUUGAGCAUGAGUGACAUGUAAAUUAAAAUAUUGUAGUUAUAGCACUACACGAUAUUUAUAUAAAUGACAGUUUUUAACUUUAUACACCUUCUUAGAGCCUUAACACUGUGCCUUGUGUUCGUCAGCAUUUGACAAUUUGUAUUAAAAAGCUUAGAUUUAAAGUAUAUAAUAUAUAUUAUAAUGUAAGCACUGUAUUUUUCUACUUACAGUAUUUUUUAAAGCCGAUAAACAUUUGUAAGACCAAUUUUUUUCAUUUUUAAGAUACAUUAAACAAUUUCUUUAUUAUGCAAUAACCUUUAUCCAGGACAACUUUUUUUCAUAAUAUUGUACAGUUUAAUAUUUUUUAACUGACUAGGUUAGUUUACAUUAUAAUUAACCACCGCGAUAACUGUUAGUUGCCCAUUCAGGUACAUAUGUAUACUUUUUGUUGAUACAUGUUUGCUUUUAUUUAGGUAAGAUCAUUUUGAAAAAAAUCUUUUAUUAAACAAGAGCCAAUUAUACAAAAGCAAAUGAAUUUAUACAAUUUGUUGGUUAAAAUAAAUUAUCUAGAUUAUUAAUUUGAGUUAAUGCAGUUUAAGAAGUUAUUAAGAAAUACAAUUGUAAAAUUUUUUAAAUGAAUUUAUUAUAUGAUUUAAUAUUAAAACUAAUGUAUUAAUUGUUGGUUAAGAUUUAAGUUAAUGACCACACAAGCACAUUUGCAAUUUUUAAAAGUAUUUUGGAAGUAUUUAACAUGUAAAAUGCCUUAUUAAUAAGAACUAAGUAGGGUGAUAGAAUAAGUUAAUUUCCUAUACAGCUUUCCUAUUUUAUGUAUUUUUUUAAAAUUCAAGUGAAGGUGGCUUACAAAUUAUUUUUCGAUGCAUUAAACACUAAUUUUAUUUUGCUUUAAUAUUUUUACUAAUAAUUACGGCAGAUUUCUAUUACUGCAAUUUUUGUUCCUAUUUUAUACAAUUUUGUUAAAAAAAUGCUGAUUUAUAUAAUACUAUUUCAACACUAUCUAUUUAUUACUAUCGAUAUUAUACUAAAUUCCUCUUUUUGCUAACUUUCAUGCUGCUCAACGUACCUAGUUUUUUUCUACUUUAACCUUUAACAGCAUUUAAUAUUUUUGAAGUCGAGUUAAAAGGCUGUAUUUCUAACCUCUACGCAUUUCGGUAACUAUUUGUAAUUCAAUGCUUUUCUACUAAAUGUUAUAUUUUUAGAUGUUAUUGUAUGUAUUCACAGUAAAAAGGUGCCUUACAGAAUUCCACGUAUUUUUCUAUAUGUAUUACUUAUCAUAUCAUUCAGCAUUAUAAACUAAAUGAUACAAUGUAGAAGUGACAUUCAUUAAAAUAUUGUUUUGUUUUUGAAAGCUUAGAUUUUAUUAAAUUUGUUUUUAUCCAUGGUGCUUUUGACUCUUUUUUAUGACUUUUCUCUGAUAUUUUUCUGUUUUUUGAGUGUCUGUGUCACUUCUAAUUUAUGUCAUGCACAAUACAAUUUUUACACUGUGUAUUAAAAUUCUUAUUUUAUUGAAAUCUUAUCAAUGUUACUAAAUAAAUGUAUUUGAAAAUUAUACGAUAUUGUAUAGAAAUUAAAACGUGUUAAUUAUA